AUCUACACUUGCAGUGAAAAACAUUACGUUUAUAUUGCUUAUAUUUUUCUUUUACGAUUGGCUGGCCCAUCCGUUAACCUCACAAAUCCAGCAGGGCAUACAAACCGAAGUCUUUUACCUGUAUAACCUUUUCUAAUCCCAAGGAACAGUUGACAAUGUCAUCCCUCUCGCACACAGAUCUGGAAGAUUCUCAUUUUCAUUGCGACUAUUGAGACCACGAAAGGACUCAUUUUAAAUACGUUGCAAAAAUGUUCCCAGUUUCGAGAUACAAACCAAUUUCAAAUAGCCAAGUUAUUAUUCUUUCGCUAAAUUUUCUCUUCUUUUUUACGACUACUUCUGGACAACAGCGAGGAUUGGAUGGGAGUCAGAAUGUACAGCUCCCAAGACGUGCCCCCAUCCUUGACUACAAGCCACAGGGACAAGAUAUCAUUCCAGUGUUACCUUCCUCGCCCUCUGGCAUUGGCACUGGCGGGGUGUACCGUUCCUUCAUCCAAUUCGACAGAACUUUAGAACCUCUGCAAAAUGACCCCUCCUCGCCAAACGCUCGUGAGGAGCAGAAUGACUGCUGGGUGGACGAUGGCACUGUGGAAAAGUUUAAGCUCAGAUUACGACAGCGCCUUCAGCAAAAUCGUGAAUACAUGGAAGCAGUGAUUGACCUCAAAUUCAACCAGUUGGAAAAUCGUUUUAUAUCGAUUCAAGAAAAUUCUCUUUUGGCUGAAAAAAUUUUACUGCUUAACGAGACCGUAACCAAUUUGGAAGAUAGCAAUCUCAUCGUGGAAUUCAAAACAACGAUGAGCAUUGAUAAUAAUUUGGUGGAAGAUCGCAUGGACAAUAAUAAUCGAUCCCAAGAGGACAACGCUUUACUCCAUUUCUUCAGUGUGGUGAAUUCUCUUGACUUGCCGAAAACAUGGUCAUGGCCAUCGCUCAGUUCGGUACACCCAUGGAUUGAAAGAUUGUUGGAAUACAACACAUUUGUAUCCAGUAAUCCAGAGUUUAAUCUCAUAACUAUACACGACAUUUCAAAUGACACGGCGGAGAUACCUAAAAAUUUAAUAACAUCCUCAGAAUGUGGUGGUGCAGCCAUAACCAUGACUGAAGGAACCUUCUCCUUUCAACCGAAUGACAAUUCUGAUAACUUUACUCUCUCUGGGGGCACAUGCAUAUGGAGAAUAGCACCAACAAAUUCGCAAUCUGUCGCCAUUAGAUUUGAACAAGAUUCAUUCCUAAGAAAACAUCGCGAUGCAAAUGUGUCCCUCGUCCCUUCGGAUGUCUGGACUUGGUCACCAAUUCAAUACGGAAAGAAUUAUGAUCGGAACACCAUUAAAAAAAAUUGCGAUUGGGAAUGGAAUUGUCAUUCUUACAAUGAUGGCCCCUCCUCUACCUUCCUGAAAACAGAUCGGGUCGUCCGUAUUUUAAAUGAAAGCUCGAAACUGAAGAGAUUAUUUCACCAUGAUCGGGAACAAUACAAGUUUGACGAGAAAAAUGUCUACAUAAUUUUGAAUUUUGAUCCCAGUAAGGGAACGCCACCCGCGUUUUCACUUCAAUUCAAGGGAAGAUCCUGUAUGUUUUGCUAUGGAGCAGAACACGAUAUCAAACCUAAAACACAAAUGCAUGGGAAAUUGGAUAAUGAUAUUUAUGAAAUAAUGGAUAUUUAUGUAACCAUGUUUGGAGUGGUGUCCAUCUUUCAAGACAGCAUUAAUUGGAUGGGUGAACGGCUUUUACAGUUUUUGUAGUUUUUGCGGCGAAUCAAUUUAAUUCAAUGCUCGGUCUCACGAAAAUUCUACAAGUAUCAAAACAUGAAAUACGUUCAUGCAGAUGUAACGUACAAUUUCCCAAAGACUGAUCCUGAGGCUAUCAAAUACAAAAUACAAUUAUUGAAUAGACAUGUAUAUUGUGUGCUUUUCUCGUAUGUUUCUACUUCAAUAAACCUCUGUUAUAUGUACAUAAAUAGGUACGUAUUUUCUCUUCGUUCGUGUCAAUUAUAACAAUCACAUUGUCCGUCAAUUAUUUAGUUAGUAAAAAGAAAUCUUAAGAACACCCAAGACACUUGUAGGUAUAUGAUACUUAUGACGUAUGUACCUGAAGAAAAAUUAUGCCAUUAUCUAACUGUUAGAUAAUGGCGUAUUUUUCUCUUCAGGUACAUAUGUUGAUAUGUUAGAUUCUAACAUAACGCGUGUUUCAAAUAAAUAUACAUAUUAAUUUAUGCAUAUUCGAUUUCGUACGUGUGACUUCUAGAAUAGAAGAACAGCAACGUGCUGACACCGAAUAAAAUAAACCUACAGUGCAGACUUCAUUUAGUCCGAGUCAGGGUCAGACUCCCAUUUUAAAUUUUUGUCCGAUAACCCAAGAAUUAUUAUCAACGACCCCGAUUAUAUCUAUCUUACUGUCUUCUCGGCAUACAUGUUUCUAUACACCUGGCAUAUUUAAUAUUCUUAAUCAUCAUCAACUCUCACAUUUAUCCAGUUUUUUAUGUCAACUUCAAAAGCAGAAUGGGUCACCUUGUUAAACCACCUGCUCCCAAAUUUCGUAACUCUCACAAGUCACAACUCAUCUAUUGUGUUUAAGAACGGAAGGACGGACGGAUGUACAUGACGGUUCCAUAAACGCUGACUCAGGCUAAAAACCUACCAAUCAAUCAAUCAAUACGGACUAAUUUACAAAUGGUUUAAAACCCCGUGUCCAAUUGACAAUCUGUGUCAGAACUUUAUUCGAAACCGAGUUUCACUUAUCAAUACCUCGUUAUCAUACGAAAAUCGCCAAUUACCAUGUCUUACUUUCUUCAAAUAUUCUGUGUAAUCACACUGAUUUUUGCCACUGCCUCAAAAAACGGCAUUCAAGCCCAAACUGAGGAAUGUCUCCCAAUUCCGAAGGACUGCUCAUUCUACACUCGCUGUCUCGAGGCAAACGUUCCAUGUGGUCCGAAUGGCUACGCUCUCGAAUAUGGCAACAAAUUCUGUAACAAGUUUUUAGAAAAUAUUUCAAAAUUUACCUCAGAUGGACAAACCUGGUUAUUUAAUACGAUGACCUGUCUGCAAGGUGUCCUCGUUCCGAUUGCCAAUAAAGAAGUUAUUAUGAAUUGUAGUGCGAUUGAAACCUUUGCAUUGAGUUCGCAUCCGGCCUGCUAUGUUGACUCUCCUCCAGGCAUUUGUUUUUUGCCAAUUUCUGAUAAAAUUGAACUACUAAGAAUAAUUGGCAUUUCGACAUCGGCGCAAGUAUUGGAACAAGUCAUCACCGUCCUCGAGAUGUGCAGUUCUUCGGAGUUUCAGGACAUUGUGGAUGCAUUACAGAUUUCUGACCUUGAUUUGUACCUGAGAAUUCUUCUAAUUAUCAGUGGCUAACCAGGUUCACUUUCACUAAUGUCAGAACUCCUGGUUUGUUCACACUCCAACAAUAACCAUUUGUAGUAUAUUGUAGAAAUAUAUGUAUAUAUUUAUAUUAUUACGAGCAGCAUCAUUGAAAAUCAAAAAUUUUAACUAACUUUUAUUCUACUAUAUUCGACACUGUAAAAAUCUGAUAAUAAACUGAGAAAAAUGAUAAGCAUAUA